GUGACUGAAAGAAAAACGUGUUCAAUUUCACUGUUUAAACAAGACUUGGGUAGAGAGAGGCGAGAAGCGUGCAGUAAGCAGGGGUUAGCUGUUAAUGUAACUUCAUUCAGAAGUGAGACCAAUUGAAUAACCUGUAUUUGGCUAGCUCCGGGGUUUAUUUUUUGACCUACUGGACGCAGUAGACUGCAACAUUCCAUUUUUGCCCUCUUUAUAGGUAUAUUUAAAACGUUUUGUUUUAUAAGGUCUCCUUUUAUUCGCAUGCCAUUAAAAAUGCUGUGCUGAGGGUCAGUUCUUUUUGUGACUAGCGAUUGUCGCUUAACGAUUUGGGGUUUGAGGUGAAAAGACGGAACUUAGGAUAAAAGGAGACAAGUGUUUGCUCUCGCUGAGCUUAUGGUGCUAUGGGUUUGCUGACGCAAGGAUCGCCUUUGAACUGGGAAGAGACUAAAAAGUACGCAGAUCAUGUCAGAAAACACGGCAUCAUCCAAUUUCUAAAUAUUUACAACAGAUUGAAAGACCGACAAAAGGACGUCCUGAAGUGGGGUGAUGAGGUUGAAUACAUGUUGGUAGCUAUAGAUCACAACGAUCAGAAAGUUCGUCUGGUGCUCAAUGGAGCCGAUGUCUUGCACACUCUUCAAGAAAAAGGUGAAAAUGCCAAUCCCAAUCACCCGACCCUCUGGAGGCCUGAGUAUGGCAGCUACAUGAUUGAAGGCACGCCUGGCCAGCCCUAUGGAGGAACAAUGUCUGAGUUUAACACUGUCGAAGACAACAUGGGGAAACGACGGAGGGAAGCCUCUUCUUUACUGAAAGAAAACCAGAUACUGUGCACCCUUACAGCAUUCCCAAGAUUGGGUUGCCCUAGUUUUACUUUCCCAGAGUUUGAUCCCAAACCAGUCGAAAAAGGAGCAUCCAAAUCUCUCUUUUUUCCAGAUGAAGCAAUUAAUCCGCAUCCCAGGUUUAGCACUUUGACCAGAAAUAUCCGUCAUAGAAGAGGAGAGAAAGUCGUGAUAAAUGUACCCAUCUUUAAAGACAUAAACACCCCAUCUCCGUUUAUUGAGAAAUUCCCAACAGAUGACGACGGAGAGGCAGGAAGGGCAGCUUUGCCAGACCACAUAUACAUGGACUGCAUGGGAUUCGGAAUGGGAAACUCUUGUCUUCAAGUCACAUUCCAAGCUUGUAGCAUAAGUGAAGCUAGAUAUUUAUAUGACCAGCUUGCCACAAUAUGUCCCAUUGUGAUGGCUUUGAGUGCAGCUUCUCCGUUUUAUAGAGGCUACGUGUCUGAUAAUGACUGUCGUUGGGGAGUGAUCUCUGCUUCUGUCGAUGACCGAACACGUGAAGAGCGGGGCUUAGAGCCCCUAAAACAUAAUAAAUAUCGGAUCAAUAAAUCAAGAUAUGAUUCCAUAGACAGCUACCUCUCCAGUUGUGGUGAAAAAUACAAUGACAUUGAAUUAACAGUAGAUGAAGAGAUCAACAGACAACUUUUAGAAGCAGGGAUUGACAAGCUCUUGGCGCAACAUAUAGCACAUCUUUUUAUCCGUGAUCCUUUGACUCUGUUUGAAGAGAAAAUUUAUCUGGAUGAUGAGAAUGAGUCUGACCAUUUUGAGAACAUUCAAUCAACCAACUGGCAGACAAUGAGAUUUAAACCUCCUCCUCCCAAGUCUGACAUCGGGUGGAGAGUAGAGUUUCGCCCAAUGGAAGUCCAGUUGACAGACUUUGAAAACUCAGCAUACGUUGUAUUUGUUGUACUGCUCACAAGAGUGAUUCUUUCAUACAAACUUGACUUUCUUAUUCCAUUGUCGAAGGUUGAUGAAAAUAUGAAGGUUGCUCAGAGACGGAAUGCUGUGCUUGAAGGAAUGUUUUACUUCAGGAAGGACAUUUUCAAAGGUUGUAAUCCUGUUGCUGAUGGAGGUGCUUCAGCUCAAAACGGCCUAGACAAUGAUAAUGAAGAGUAUGCUUUGAUGAGCAUUGACACAAUCAUUAAUGGGAAGGAAGGUGUCUUUCACGGUUUAAUACCGAUCCUGAACUGCUACCUGGGAAACAUGGAAGUAGACGUAGAAACGCGGUGCACCAUAUUGAAUUAUCUUAAACUAAUAAAGAAGAGAGCUUCAGGGGAGCUGAUGACUAUGGCUCGAUGGAUGCGAGAGUUUGUUGCAAACCACCCUGAAUACAAGCAGGACAGCGUGAUCACGGAUAAAAUCAACUAUGACCUCAUUGUGAAGUGUGACCAGAUUGCAAACAAAGCAGCUCGGUGCCCAGAACUUAUCGGAGAUCCCAUAAACCGGGCAAAAUAAGAUUUCAAAAUUUGACUGUUUGAUUAUUGCAGUGCAAUCUUCAUGGCAGUCCAGGCAAACCUGCUAAAAACAACCGCUCAAUGGACUAUCGAUGUAAUCUUUUGAGAUGUGUCUUUUAAGUAAAUGUAACAUGGGAAGUACUGUAAUGUAUGCAUGGGAUGGCAACUGAGUGGUCACUAUUAAGUGGUGUUCUUUUAGUAAAGGUGGGAAUGAGCUACUUAAAUGUUAAUGUUUGGAAAUAACUGUAGUUCUAGUCAUUUUGCAUGGUGUAAAGACCAAAUAUGUGAUGCAGCAUAAAAUAUGGGCCAAUCAAAUUAACCAUGUCCUUUUUUAUUUAUUUUUUAAAGAAAUGCAAACCAGUGCAUUAUAAUUGUUAGACAAUUUGUAUAGAAUAUCAGAUAUUUAAUAAGAAAUUAUUUUAAUGGCAAAGUUGCAUAAUUUCUAUGUAUAUUGUUUUUUUUUUUUUUUCUUUUGCAUAUCAAAGUGCGUAUUGUUGUGGGUGGCAAUGUAAAUGUAACAAAAGUGCUAAGAUGUACAUUAGAAAGCUUGCUUUUUUGUCUGCUGUGUAACUUUAACACUACUGUACUAAUGCUUGAUUUGAGUUAUUUGCAGAGUUCAAAAUGUGUAUACAGUAGCUGCAAGUACUUUUCAGGGUAAAUGUUCUUUUAUCUGUAAUGGAUGCAGACUUCUACAGAUUACCCAUUGUACAGCACUUGUGUAAAUCUCUUGCUAAAAACAGCAUUGUUUCAGAAUCUCGUGAAUAUGAAACAUUUAAUAUAUAGUAAGGGAUUUGAAAUAAACUAGACACAAAAUGUUA